AUGUUGAGCUUACCUCAACAACCCAUUCUUGCUCCUUCAAUACCCAAACUUAGGGUUUUUAAUCGACCUCGAAAUUAUUCUCUUUUAGCGAGGAAUAAUCGGAUCUUUGAAUCCAAUUCGAAGCUACCAAAGCAUAAAUGGAGAAUUUCAUGCUUUAGAAAUGAGGAAUUUUCUCAGGUAAAUCCUGGGUCUGAUAGGGUUGAACGCUACGUGCCUGAGGAAUUGGUGAAGCCUGAGUUGGAUAACUCUAAGAAUGUUAAAAGAGAUUGGCUAUUGAGUCUUCGAGAGGCUGCUAACGUAGUGUUGAGGGCAUUUGGGAGCCGGUGGACUGUACCAUGGACAGCAGAGACCAUAGUUCAGGUGAUGCUUCUCUGGGUUGUCUCAUUCUGGUUCAUUGGGUCCUGGGUGAUUCCCUUUGCAGCGCACAUUGCAGGCUUCAACAAGGAAUCUCUAACAUUUAGAGGCCAAGCUUUGUUCAGUCUUGUGACUGAUGUGACUGAAGGCCUUGCUGGAAUUGCAAUCCUUCAUCGUUGCCUGUCUCGAUUUCGUCCCCUUUCAUCUGAUUGGUUUAGGUUCAGGCUGAAAGGGAACUGGCUGUUUGAUGUUGCUCUUGGAUGUCUCAUGUUUCCACUAGUUAACCGGCUUUCACUGUUCAACCUUAGCCUCUUGCCUAUUCUGCCUUCUACACCUGUUACCCUUUCAAGUGUUGAGCAGUCAAUUGCAGCACGUGAUCCAGUGGCAAUGGCACUGUAUGCAAUAGUAGUUUCAGUGUGUGCGCCUGUAUGGGAGGAAAUUGUCUUCCGGGGUUUCCUUCUCCCAUCCUUGACUAGGUACAUGCCAGUCUGGUGUGCAAUAUUGGUGAGUUCAGUUGCCUUUGCGCUAGCACAUUUUAAUGUACAGAGAAUGCUACCGCUUAUUUUUCUUGGGGUGGUUAUGGGUGCUAUAUUUGCACGGUCACGAAAUUUGUUGCCAUCUAUGCUUCUUCAUAGCCUCUGGAAUGGCUUUGUAUUCUUGGAUUUAAUGAAAUAG